CACCACAUAACCCCAAUGGUGGCGACAGCAUUUGUUUACAAUUUUGGUUUUAUUUCUCUAGAAAUGUAUUUAAUUAGUUGAAAAAGACAUAGAAAUGAUUUUUAGACUCUCCAGACGUUUCUCCACAUUGAAUUACAAUCAACUGAGGGUGUUAUUCUUUGGAAGUGAUAAAUUCUCAUUGGCAAGUUUAAGAUUGAUCACAGAAGAGUACAAGCGAAAAUCUUUCGUGCAGAAGCUAUGUGUGGUGACUCAGGUGAAAUUACAGGCGAAUCCCGUGAGGAACUUUGCUGAGAGAGAGAAUUUGGAAGUGUUUCCAUGGCCAGUGAAUGAACAGGAGAUUAGCGGGCAAUUCGACAUCGGAGUGGUGGUAUCCUUCGGUCAUCUAUUAGGUACAUCUCUCAUCAAGUCCUUUCCACUAGGAAUGAUCAAUGUUCAUGGAAGUUUAUUGCCGCGUUGGAGAGGAGCAGCUCCUAUUAUUCAUGCCCUCAUGGCAGGUGACACAGAAACUGGAGUUAGUAUCAUGAUGAUUAAGCCGAAGCAUUUUGAUAUCGGUGAGAUUUUGGCCCAAAGAAGAGUCUCGGUGGAAUCAGACGUGCUUAUGCCACAACUUCAUGCGUGCCUGGCAAACGUUGGAGGAUCUUUGCUCUUAGACUGUCUACAAGAUCUGGAGACGUCCUUGAACAACGCCAAGCCACAAUCCUUAGAAGGUGUCACGUAUGCUCCAAAGGUGGAUAAGAAGCCAGAAACCGUGCGAUGGAGCGAUUUAACUUCCACUGAUAUCUUCAAUCUCUACCGAGCAUUUUUCUCUUUCAAGCAUCUCAUGACGAAUUGGCAAGGGAUACCCAUCAAACUACUCUCAGUUUCCGUUCGCGAAAUCAAGUCUCCUGACCAGUUGAGUGCACUUAAAGACAAACCAUCGGGGUCUUUCAUAUAUCACAAGCAGGAGAAGUGUUUGAUUGUGAAGUGUUCUCAGCAAACUUACUUGAACGUCCUCUCGGUGGGAAUCGAAGGGAAACGAGCAAUGUCAGCGCUAGACUUCUGCAAUGGUUUCACCAGGAAACGUUCCAAGAGUCAAGAGACUAAUAGUUUCCAUUAAAAGAUUACAGUU